AACCUUACGGUGAAUCCCUUCGUUUCAAGGUAACAAACAUCAAGGGUGCAAUGUUUCAAAAUGGGCUGAACCCAUUAAUCCGACUAAAGAGGACGCCACUACAACAUUGAUAAAAGCAUCGUGGUCUGGAAAUGGACAAAGAAAAUGGGAAGGGCAACGAAGGUAACUCUAGCUCCAGCAAAAUCUCUAAUAAUCAAGACCCCGCCUCUUUACUCGAUGCCGCCAGUCUCUUUGGGGCUUAUUGGCCUCGAGGAGGAACCGAAGCAGCGGCCGCCGCCAACCUGUUUGCCGCCGCCGGCGGAUUCGGGAUGCCGUCUCAUCCGUCCAUGCCUUUCGGCAUGCUGCCACCGACGUCGGGCGGCGGCAGGGGCGGCGGAGCAGCCGCGAUUCCGCCCUCGUAUCCUGCAUCUACUAGCGCCGCCGCCGCUGCCUACAACAACGCCUACACCAACACUCUCUCGGUGGCGGCCAGUCAGGCGGCUAGUCUCGGCAUUCCGGCUGCAAGUGCGGCAUGGUGGUCGAUGGCUUCUCAUCUCGCCGCGCAAGACUACAUCGCCCGCUUGCAGGCGUCCGGCCUAAACUUCCCGGCUCUGGGAAACCCCUCCGACUUGCAAUACUCCGCUCUCGGUCUACCGCCUCUCGGCGGCCAUCAUAAGUCUUCGAAAGGCUCCUCCAAAGGCGGAUCUUCAGCCGCGUCUAUGUCCAGAUCGCAAAACCACUCGAAAUCGGCAUCAUCUUCGCACCACCUGCAGAGCAUGCAGGCCGCCGCCUCCAAGCUGGAUCAUUCGAUGAAAACUUCUUCUGCGUCACGAUCUUCGUCGCAGAUCAACCCCAGUAAAUAUUCUUCCUCCGUGCCCGGGCUGACUAUCCAGCCAGCUGUGAAGAUGCAGCAGGACAAGCAACACCACCACCACCACCACCACCAGCAGCAACAACAGCGGAAAACUUCUUCGUCUGGCGGCAACGACUCCAACUACAAGAGCGGUUCCAAAGGGAGCGGUUCCUCCGCCCAGUCAGUUUCUACGGCGGUUUCGAGUCCCGGGAUUAAGGAAUCUCAAGCUCCGAGUAUUUUCACCAGCCCUUUGAGUUUGGUCAGUAGCGCGUCUUCGGAAAAGGGGGACGCAGGAGGAGGAGGGAGUCAGGGUUUGGCAGGCAUGCCUGCCAGUAUUUUGAGCGCCGCCCUGGAAGGCAGCAGUGAUCCUAAUUCAAUUUUGGGUGGUGUUAGGUUACCGCCCGAUACUGAAAUCAUCAAGUACACCUCUUCGAUCGUCGGACCGAAGAUACCCGGUACCACGAACAGGGGAAGGAAGAAGACCAUCUCACUCGAUCCACCCUCAGUCAGCUUGCAUCCGUCUCACUCCAGCACAGGCCUACUCAUCGAGCGGGCGAUCAAGAGAUCCAAGUUGGCCGAACAAGAACUGUCUCCUCCAUCGACGCCGUCGAAUGACAGGGUGGAGGUGAUCAAGUUGCCCGCUACGAAUGGAAGCCCUUCUGGAAUUUCGUCCAGUUACAACAGUUCAGAAUCGGCUGGCGAAGCCCCUCUGAAUUUGUCUCUGAAGCCCAGCACGACUUCGAACACGGCCAGUUCGUCUCUGACAUCGCUCAGCAACAUGUCUGCCAAUAUCGGCGCGGAACGCAUCUCUCGUCGAAAACCCGGUCCCAAACCGAGACGCGUCGUGCCGCCCGGCUCCGCCCAACUACCGCCUAGCGCUCCGAGCGCCUCUCUCGUUCAACUGUUCGCACAGGCGGAUUCCCCGAGGCCGCCGAGCCGAAACGAGGGCUCGGACGGCGGCAGUUCGACAUCCUCUACUUGCGCCAGCUCAUCUGCAGCAGUUUCGGCGGGCGGCGGGACGACGAUAUCGCCCAUCUCGGGGGGCGGCCAGAAGGAGGGCAGACCGAGGAAUUUGGGGCGAGGUGUCAGCAAGCCGAAGAAGAACACGGUGGCAUCGUUGCUGGCCCAGAGCAGGGCUCUAGGUAUCAAACCAGUUCCGAUUUUGGAUCCGAACGCGUCGAUGAACCAACAAAUGAACAUGCUGAAAUCGAACAUCCUGGCCGCUCAGCAGUACCUCUCCGAAGCCGGAGGGGUCAGUGACGAGAAAGCUCUAAAUAAAUAUUUACAGGAAAAAUUCAAGGGUACACUUAGCGAUUCUAGUACGGUAGACGCUACUUCGGAUUCUGAUAACUUUACUGAUUCUAAUCAUACUGAUUCAGAGAUGGAGAUGGAGGUGGCCGCCAAGAAACAAAAGCAGUACGACGAGAGGCUGUUAAGGGUGCCCCUGGAGAAAGGUUGGAAAAGAGAGACAAUAAUUCGUGGUUUGACGAAAAACGGCGGUUUGAAAGGCGAUGUGACUUACGUGGCUCCGGACUCUGCUAACAAAUUCAAACAAAUGUCCGACGUCACUCAGUACUUGGAGUAUCAGAAAAAUACGGAACUGUCGAGGGAUAAUUUCACGUUUAGCUGCAGGAUAAUCUUGGGCGACUACUUACAGCCAGUACCGGCAGAAAUUCAGACCGACGACACGGAGUUUCUUCAUCUAACCGAAGAAGACGUUAAUCGACGGUUGGAGGAAGUAAAGUCCUCAAUGAGAACGAACAUACCGGUGGAGCAACGGAUAGAGAUGGCUCGGAAACAGCAGGCCGCUAGAGCCGCUGCGAGGAUAGAUCGAGAGCAGGCGAGGAUAACGAAGGAGAUUGAACGGUCGGAGAGGCAGGAACAGGCGAAGAGGGAACGCGAGGCAAGGUCUCAGCAGAUGCUGGAGGCUAAAAGGAAGCGGCAGGAAGAAAUAGAAAGGCACAAGCAGGAAGAGCAUCAUCGAAAACAGCAGGAGAGAGAGCUGAAAAGACAACAAGCCGCCAUGUUGAAAGAACAAAUGUACAUACAGGAGAUCAGUAAACAACGAGAGAUGCUUUACACCGUCGAGCUGGAGCGCGAGCGCAGACGGCAGCACAUGGCGCUGGUGAAGUCCCUAGAGAGCAGACGCAAGCUUGAGGAGCGCGAGCGCAAAAAGCAGCAGCUGCUCGCCGAGAAACAGGCGAACAAAGAAAAGAAACUCGAGCAACGGCGCGUGGAAAUGGAGAUACUCGCCGAGAUCAGGAAACCGUGCGAAGACCUGGAGCUCGACCCGACCCCGUUGCCCGAGUACGAGCGAAUACCAGGCUUGAAACUCUCCGGCAAGGCCUUUUCCGACGUGAUAAUGGUGUUUGAGUUCUUGCACAACUUCGGCGAGACCCUGGGGUUCGAUAUGGAGUCGCUGCCGACGCUGGGGUCCUUACAGCACGCGUUGAUGCCUAACGAACACUCGGCCGAGUCGGAAGACGAACUGUUUUCUGUCAUGACACAUCUGCUCGUCUGCGCGAUCGAAGACCCGGGCAUUCCGAACCCGGCGCGGUAUACCACCAUGCUCGGCCAGAGCCUACGCCAAGCUGACAUCACGCCGACCAAUAUAUCCGAGAUUCUGCGCAUUUACUUCUACGCGAAUGCAACGGCCGAGGUGAAGGCGCUCACCGGCAUCCACUUUGAACGGGACCGCGAGAAGCGCAUCGCCGAUCAUCAUCAGACACCCGAGGAGAUGGCCAUCACGCAGUCGGGCAAGAAUGCGCAGUACUACGACGUGCUUCACUCAACUGCAACGUACAAGCUAUCCGACUUACUGAAGCAUAAGCCGUUCAUGGCUCUGUCGCCGACGAGCAAAGCGGAGAUACUCGCAUACUUGUGCAACGAACUGCUGCAGAACAAGGCCGUCAUCAGACAGAUCGAGAGUUCUCUGGAGUGCGUAGCGCAGCAGAAAAAGGAGAAGUGGCUGCUGGAUAUGAAGAUACGGAAGUUGAAGAUGUUGCACAAUAGGAAAGUGAGGACCGAGGCGAUGGAGAAAGCCCAGAUCAAAAUUGACGGCGAAGAUUCGACUACGGAUUCUCCUUCGUUACAUAAGGACGAUCUUCUGGACGAGGAGGAGAACGAGAUGAGCGAGAACGAAAGUGUGGGUACACAACCUGAAGAGGAGGAAGACAACAAACUAACUGGCGAAGAGCUCGGCAAGAAGCUGGAAAAACUCGUAAAAACCUCAGAAACGCACCUCCAGACCCUUAACACUGCCUCGCUACAACUGCGCGCCAUCUGUUUCGGCCAGGACAGGUUCUUCCGUAGGUACUGGUCCUUACCUAAAGCGGGAGGAGUCUUCGUCGAGGGCAUGGAGAGCGCCGAUCCCGAAGAGACCGAAGAGCAGCGACGUCUCGACAAUUUCGAACUCUCGAAGAACGGCAUCCGCUGCCUGAACGACAUCGACAGCAUCAGAGAGAGGAUCGAGGAGAUCAACGACACCAACGUCGACAAGGAGGUCAGCAGUAUCGUCUGCAAGAGCGAGACAGAAAGCGAAAGCGAACACAGGAAAACUCCCAACAGAUUAGGAGGCGUGGUGUUUGAGAACGGCGAGGUACUAGACCGGAACGAGCAGAAUCUCGCGGAACUGAAGCGGAGCGUCGACGAUAUCGUCCAAAAUCUCGAGAGGAAUCUGGAGAAGGAGAAGAAGUUGAAAGAAUCUCAGGAGGCCGGCUUGUCUAAUCACGUCACGGUCAAGAAGGAGGAGGAUAAAGAGCCGUUCGGCAGCAGGAAGUUUAAUCUGUUUGAAAGGCUCGGGCAGUGCAUGGAGCGCGAGAAUAAGUCUGAGGAAGAUUUGAAGGCCGAAGUUAAGGCCGAGGUGAAGGAGGAACUCAAGAACGAAAUACUCAACGAACUCAAGUCCGAGAUAAAAGCCGAACUAAAACCGGAACCGAAGUCGGAGGCGGAAGACGAAUGCGAGCACAAGUGGUUCAGCAUACUGAACAGCGACGGAGCCUCGUGCGACGGUAUCCACCUAACGGCGGGCAACAAAUGGGAGAACGGUGGCGUCGGCGCGUGUAUGCGCGACAUAACCGAGCUGAAGAUUCCCGUAUUCCCACCGCCCGGCGCGAAUCCGUCCGCCCUGGGCGGUGCCCUAGGGACGGGGUAUCAUCAUCACCACGGUACGUGCGACAGUCCCGCGCCACUGCAGAUGACUGCGGAGGAGAGCGCGCAGCUCGAGCACAUCAAGAAGCACGGCAUGCCGAGACCGAGCGAGAAAAAAGCCGUACCGGCGGAUAAGAGGUACGGAUGGUGGAGGAUCUCGGACACGAACCAGCUGCGAGAGGUGCUCGACAAUCUGCAAAUGAGAGGCGUGAGGGAGCGCGAACUGAAACGCAGCCUCGUCAGCGUAAUGCAAACGGUAUACGAGAGGAAAGGCAGGUUGUUCAUUGAAGAGGGCGCCAGCGAGCUGACGAACUUGAAGAACGAGCAGACUGACGAGGUUACAUACGUCGACGGCCACGCUCCCACUCCGGACGAGCCCGGCGCGUGGAGUGUGACGCUCGCACGGAAAGUCGACAUGUUUUUGCUCGAGCAGGUGGAGGCUCUGGAAGAUAAAGUGGCCAGUGCCAGUAUGCAGGUGAAGGGUUGGAAAAUCCCCGGCAGAGACUUGGGCGAGAUUCCUUAUCGGCAAAUUGUACAUAUAGUCAAGAAUAGAUUGGCGUCGCUUGAACUGAACAUCGAGAGGAGGUAUUUGAAGCCACCGUUGGGCGUCAAUACCGGUGACCCCAACCUAGCCGCCAUGUCUCAUGACGGAGCGUCGGGAAGCCUCGGUGGCGGCAGCACUUCGACGCCGAGCUUGGGCGGCUCGACGCCCGGUCAGGCGUCCGCCUGCGGCUCGGAAGACAUCCCGAAAGGAUUGAGUGUGUGGCGCGAGGCCAUCAACAGGUGUGCGACGUCCGCCCAGGUUGCGAUGUGCCUCUACUCGCUCGAGGCGUCCAUCGCCUGGGACAAGAGCAUCAUGAAAGCUGUGAGCUCUCCAAAUGUCUUUAAUGCCCGCAAAUAUAACAGCAAUCUGAGUAACUGCCAGUUCUGCCACAGUGGAGACAACGAAGACAAGCUGCUGCUUUGCGACGGCUGCGAUAAGGGUUACCACACGUACUGCUUCAAGCCGAAAAUGGACAAUAUUCCGGACGGCGAUUGGUACUGCCACGAGUGCGUGAACAAGGCGUCUGGCGAGAGGAACUGUAUCGUAUGUGGCCGCAAGGUGUCCCAGACCGGCACGAAGCUGGUCUUCUGCGAGCUGUGCCCGCGCGCCUACCACACCGACUGCAUGCAGCCGCAGUUGCAGAAGGCGCCACGGGGCAAGUGGUACUGCUCUAACUGCAUCGCGAAGAAGCCUCACAAGAAGGCGUCGCGCAAAAACAACAAAGCUCCGACGACGACGCCCACGACUACAACUAGGGACAGCGAGUCGUCAGACCUUCCGCCUUCUAGUCCGACCCCCUCGCAUAGUUCCGCGACCACCAACGAAGACCUGCCGACGGCGUGCGGCCGCCCUAGCGACGUUUCGAACUCCAACGUCGGUCCUCAGUCGUCGAUGAGCGAGGCGGAAAAGGUCGCCGAAGCCGCCAGGGCGCAGGCGUACUUGGCGAGGAUCAACGAGGCGAGACUCGAGCAGGCCAAGAAGCAGAAUAAGAAGGAGCUGGAACAGUGCAAGCCGCUGCUGGAGGAUCUCGAGUGCCACGACGACGCGUGGCCAUUCCUGCUCCCCGUCAACACGAGGCAGUUCCCCACGUACAAGAAGAUCAUCAAGGAGCCCGUUGAUUUGUCGACGAUUAAGAACAGGUUGCUCCAUCACGUGUACACUACGAAGGAGAACUUUAGCGCCGACGUCCGCCAGAUGUUCGACAAUUGCGAGACGUUCAACGAAGACGACAGUCCCGUCGGCAAGGCCGGGCACAGCUUGCGCGAGUUUUUCGAGGCGCGCUGGAAAGAACUCUGGCCCCCUUCGCCAACCAGCUGAGGAUCGUCCGCAGUCGCCGGGAACCCCUGAAACCGAAAAAUUGUGCCGCCGAACGAAGACUUUCUGUAGAAAGCGCGUCGCGUACUCUUUUCACAAACGUUUUUUUUUUCAGUGUGUGAUACAAAAGGACAUUGAGACGUGCGCCGUAGGCUUUUGUCGAUGGUGUCUGUCGAAUGACCCGAUGAGAUCGGGGUUAGUUAACUUUUUUUCUAUUUUGUUUUCGUUUUGUUUGAGCAAGUCGUCGCGUGAAUUGAACGUUGUAUUUUUGAUAAAUUUCACGUUAUUGAUAUAUUUUAUUUAUUUAGGAUAGACGAGCCCUUUGCCCAGGCAACUUUUUAUACUUUCUAUUUAUUUUGCGGAUGUGAUUUGCGGUCUCUUGUCAUUCCAUCUCGGUAGAUCUGCCGUCAUGAAAGUACGAUUUUGAUUACACUGCUGAUUUUUCCAUAAUUAUCGUGGCAUUAAGACAGUUUUGAUUAUUUUACUACUUUUGGAUAUUUCUACAGAAGUCUGGAGAAUCUGCAGUGUAAUAUGAAGUAUUCGUGGCUCCCUCUCUAGGUAAAUAUACUCGACUUGACGGCAUUUAAAAUCACGCCCUAGCUGAUCGUGUUUUUCUAGCGAAUCUGUAUAAAUUGUAAAAAUGACAUUUUCAUCGCUCAACUCUUAGGCUACGAGAGAUAUUACUGUUUCAUUAUCCAUUUAAGAUGAACAAAGUUCUGACAAACAAAAUCUGUAUCGAAAUAACUGAAUGUGUUUGGUAGGCUAGUUCUUUUGCAAAUAUUGUUGCAGUGCAUAGAACUAGGUUAUGUAUUUGAGUGUAAGAUAUUUAUAAUUAUAUUUGCUUAUAAAUGUAAA